AGCAUCAACGACCAACGUGCCAAUCGCCCGGACAAAUCUUUCAUUGACAUCCACCAUUUCAGACUGGCGUUAUCGGCGAUUACCGGGAACGGCAUCAUUUCGAUGUAUGGCCUGAAUUUUUGUAUCACCAAUACCGCCGCCAAGCACUCACUCUCGGCUACCGAGUAGUUUACCUGAUUCUUGUUCAUCUUUGCCGAGAAGAACGCAAUGGUCCUCUCGUUUCCCUGCAAAUCCACUUGGAAUAUUACUGCUCUGACGCCAAUAUGGAAUGGGCCACACUGUACAAAAAAUGGGUGUGAAUAAUCCGCUUGUACCAACACUUGCGCAGAUGUGAGCGCAUUUUUCAUAGCCUCGAAUGGCAAAAUCUCUUACAAAUCGUCGGUACCACCCGCCGGUUCCUAAGAAAUCUCCAACCUCCUUUAUGGACCUUGGUACCUGUAUGCGCUAUAUCGCCCUCACCCGUUCCGGAUCUGUUCGAAGUACGCCGGCGCCCACGAUGAACAAAACUUCGAUUUUUGUAACCCUAUCGUCAGAUUCGCCUUCUUCAGGCAUUCAGCGACUCUAUGCAAGUACUCCACGUGGGUGUCAAAAUCGGCCGCAAAUACUACUAAAUCGUCUAAAUAUACCUUUACUUUGGACCUCAGCUCGUAAGGUAGCAGCUUUUGGUGUUAAUUUAAUUCCCACAUAUCUGGUUCCGGCUUCAUUUCAUCCUGGUCCACAUAAUAAGCCACUCUAUCGGCUAACACUUCAACGCGGACUAGUCUUUCCACGGCAAGCUUUUCUGGAGGAAUUACGAAUGGAGCCAAAUCGAACAGCCGCCAAAAAUCUAUGCCAAAAUACGCGUUCUGUUCAAGUGAUGGGCAUACGUAAAAUUCCACUUCUUUGGCCUCCUCUCGAUACUCCACUGCAGUUCGAGACUGCCUUUGCCUAACACGCUUACCGAGGCCCCGGUAUCUAGCAGACCGCGUAGCACCAGGUCUCGUACCAGUACUUCAGCUAAAACCCUCGGGUCUGCUGCUCCUUCGCGCCGCACUGCCUAGGCUACCCAUUUCUUCGUCUGCCUUCUUACUCGGAAUCGUGCUCGGGCCUUUUUAACUUUGGCUGUUACCAUUCUCAUGCCGCCUAGCUGAUGUUGGGAAAAAAUUCUAUUCCGCGCCUCCAAAUAUGCCCGCAUCUUUUCUUCGUACAGACCGCUCCGCUGUCAUCCUGGUGGGCACUUGUGUCGAGCGCGAUUCGCCCACUUGCUCCACACUCCGACGGCCGUUUCCCGCACAAUCGGGGCAUGAGGGACUAUAGGUUUCUGGUCUACCGCAUCCAUAACAAAAGACGCGCCUUUCCGGUGACAUGCAGUCGCGGAAACUGUGGCCAGCUUGUCUGCAGUUCCAGCAAACCAACGCCUACUGCGGACGCCUUGCCAAGCGCGCCUCCUCGAUUAUGCCAUCGACCAACUCCUCCACUGCCGGUGAACGGUUUCCGCCACUAAAACGUGUGCCUUUAAAACGGGACAGCAUGCUUCGCUUUAGUUCUGGCCAGCUGUCUGCCCGGUGGUUCCUGACGUACUGCCAGUACCACUCGCGAGCGUGCCCAGUCACUAGCAGAUGGAAACUGUUCAAUACUUCGGACCAUGCGCAGCGACACUGCCUCUGAAGGAACUCCACCUGGAAAACGAAGUCUUCUACAGCCAUUUUUUCCUUAUCGCCGCUGAAAACGAUGUCCCACUUUUCAACGCGGCACCAUCCCGAUCAGCCAUUCGCCGCUACAUAAGGAGGAGGUGGGUCCAGCUGACUCCAAUCGUUACGCCUGUUGCCUCUUCGACGGGCCGACUGUGCCGCGGGAUUUCGCCAAUUUCGAGCUGUGUUGCUGCUAUUGCCAGCUCCACUGGAGGAAUUAGCUGCCGGCCUUGCUACCGGACGCGAAGCUCCUCUUGCUGGUGUUAGAGGUUCAGCCUGGUAUUGAUGCGGCCGUUUUGGAACCGCACCACGAUUCUGGCUGACUGGCGGUUGCCAUGCUCCAUUAGCAGCUGAAUCGCCGCUAUUCGCUCGCGGUUGCAAUACUUCUUUCAGCGCGCCCAUCAAGUCUUCAAACCCCAUUCGGAUUUCUUCCUGCAAAACCUUGUUGAUGCCCUCUUUUUGCGAUUGGAGGUAUGUUUCGUUCGCCUGGGCCACUGCUGCCUCUACUGCCGACGCGACUACUGGCUCGGCGUCCCAGUGCACUGCUGGUGCUAUGGACGGCCUCAGAGGAGUGUGCAUGAGGCCAACGCUGGAAAUACCAACGGUUCCUUCCAAGUGUUCUUCCAGCACUGGAUAAUCAUUUCUGGCCGUUCUCGAUCUGCUGUUAUACGCACGCGCAGAAUCCUUUUCCAUUUCAAUCAAAAAAAAUACGCUCUGUUUUUUCUAAUAUUUAUUUAUAUUUUGGAUUAUGAAUUUGUUCAGCAUCCAAGC